CGCAGGCGCAGCGCCAGCCGGGCCCGGGUCCGGCGCGGAGCCGGGCGCACUGACUCCGCGGCGGCGGCGGGAGAAGCGCUUCCGGCGGUGACGGCGGCGCCACCUCGCAGGUCCUGCCGGCGGCGCGGGCGGCCCGCGGGCAGCGUUGGCGACCAUGUCCGGAGAACUCCCGCCAAACAUCAACAUCAGGGAGCCGCGGUGGGACCAGAGCACCUUUCUGGGACGAGCCAACCAUUUCUUCACGGUGACGGACCCCCGGAACCUGCUGCUGACGGAGGAGCAGCUGGAGGGCGCCCGGAAGACCGUGCAGGACUACAGACAAGGAAUCGUCCCUCCGGGCCUGACUGAAAAUGAGCUGUGGAGAGCAAAGUACAUCUAUGACUCGGCGUUUCACCCCGACACCGGAGAGAAGAUGGUCCUGAUCGGACGGAUGUCAGCGCAGGUCCCCAUGAACAUGACCAUCACAGGCUGCAUGAUGACAUUCUACAGGACCACACCGGCGGUGGUGUUCUGGCAGUGGAUCAACCAGUCCUUCAACGCCGUGGUCAACUACACCAACAGGAGCGGAGACGCCCCCCUCACGGUCAACGAGCUGGGCACGGCGUACGUGUCGGCGACCACAGGCGCUGUGGCGACCGCCCUGGGACUCAACUCACUGGCCAAGCACGUGUCCCCGCUCGUCGGACGCUUCGUGCCCUUCGCCGCCGUAGCCGCUGCGAACUGCAUCAACAUCCCGCUGAUGCGGCAGAGGGAACUCAAACUGGGCAUCCCCGUCACAGACGAGAACGGGACCCGCUUGGGUGAGUCGGCACAGGCUGCGCAGCAAGCCAUCGCACAAGUGGUCGUCUCCCGGAUUCUCAUGGCCGUGCCUGGCAUGGUCAUCCCCCCGUUCAUCAUGAACACGCUGGAGAGGAAGGCCCUCCUGAAGCCCCUCCUCCCUCCCUCACGGCCACCUGUGCGAGGGCCUCUCCCCGAAGGCGUCCUCGGGGACCACGCGGUUCCCGUGGAUGAGCGCGCCCAUCCAGGUCGGGCUGGUUGGCGUCUGUUUGGUGUUUGCCACGCCUCUGUGCUGUGCCCUCUUUCCUCAGAAAAGCUCCAUGUCCGUGAGGAGCCUGGAGGCCGAGCUGCAGGCCCAGCUGCAGGAGAGCCACCCCGCGCUGCGCCGCGUGUACUUCAACAAGGGGCUGUGACGCGGGAGGCGCCCGCACAGCCCGCCCACCCCGUGCGCCGGCCGGGGGCCCCGCCUGGUUCCUCCUGGCACGGCAGGUCUUCGACCUCCCUGGCUUCCGGAAGGAUCCGGACACGAUGUGUGUGUGAAUCUCGGCUAAAUGAUUUUACCUGGAGGCUGUGUACUGCGCCCGCCCUGUCUGAGGAUGAGGCGCCGAGGACCCCUGUUCACACCCCUGUAGCAGGUUCACAUGUAGCACAGUCCAUGCAGCGGAGACCGUGUUCCCAGGUGAAGGCAAGGCCGUGUGCCCUGCGUGUCCUGCCUGAUUCCACCGGAACGCGGACGGGCCGGCGGGAAAGACGUGGGACCGGUGCCGGCAGAUCUGUCCGUGGGACGGGCGUGUGACGGCCGAACCCCCAUAGGAACAGGUGUGCCUCGCGGGUGUCCCCCUCUUCUCCGAGGCCUGGGUGGGCCUCUCUGAGCCUUCCUUUCCGCCUCCAAAGUGUUCUCCAUGUGUCCGUCUUAAACCCUUUGAAGCAGAAGAUUCCCACAACACAGCCGGCCUGCGUGUGUUCGUUGCCAUGGACGCCGCUCCUGAAAGAGCGGUAAAGCCUGAGCUCCGGGCGGGCUCCCCGAGGUGCUUCCGGUGCUCUCACCGUGCCCAGCCGGCGGCCACAGAAUGCCCACCGAGCCCAGCACCUCCCCUCUGCUGAGGAGCAGCGGCGGCCGACGGCGGAGGAACUAGUUCAGGCGCAGUCAGGAGCAGGAGAGCGAACGUGGGCUGUGUCUGCCUAGCUUUACCCGGGGCUCCAGCCCCUCCGCUUUCUCCUCGGUGUAACCAGGUUUGUGAAAAGGAGCACACGGGCAGGAGGCCCCUCGCCUCCCCCAGAGGCCCGUCCCCUGAGGCGCAGCAGCCGGGGAAGGUGCUGGCCGCAGCGGCCGCAGGCGGGAGCGGCCGUGCCGGCAUUGGCUGUCAGUGUUGGCUGUCAGUGUUGGCUGUCAGUGUUGGCGCGGCGUCUUGCUGGUGUUGGUAUCAAUGUACUGUUUCCGUCCGGCUGGAUGAAAUGUUAAAUAAACCCGGGAUGAAAGCAAA